CCCGGCGCCACUCCCGCAUCCCCAGCCAUGUUCCCGUCGGCUCCCGCCUCGCCGCGGACCCCCGGCGGGUCAGCCCGCAGGACCCUGGGCGGCGCGGCCCCCAGCCCUCUGUCCCGGCCGGGCGGCAGGAAGAACGUGCCCGUCGUGGCGGCCGCCGCCUCCCCGGUGCUGUUCUCGCCGGCGGCGCGGAGGAGCGGCUCCCUCUCGGCACGAGCAACUCCUACCAGAGUUAUCCAGCUUCCUACAGCAACUGAGACUAUUAAUUACGAUGUUCAGGCUUUUGGAUCCUCUCUGCCUGUUAAAGUUAUGGAAGCCCUGAAGAAGGCUGAUGCUGAUGACCAGCUGAGUGUUCAGGUGGAUGAAAGUGGAUGGGCCUGGCUAGUCCAUAAAGAAAGGCUGAUUAUUUGGAAGAUUGGUCAGUCUGCAGUAGCUAAGUUAUCUCUGUGCAAGGAGCUGCAGCUGCCACCCAGUGACUUCCCAUGGAGUUCUAGUUUAGCAGCUAUAUCUUGUCUCAAUUCCUCGGGUGAAGCACCUUCCCUGCAGUCUCUGGCAAUAAUGGUUGCUACCAGCGAAGGUUCUGUGCGCUACUGGCCCAAUCUUGCACAUGAAGGUUCCUAUACAGACACUUUUACAGACUUUGGAGGCUCUUUGUGCAGUUUCCUGACAGCAGUAAAGGGAGGAAGCUUUAUUUUAUCAUCUUCCAGAGGUCAACUAGUCCGGUUGAUACCUGAUAGUUCUGGCAAGAUUCAACAGCAUGCCCUGCCACAGGGUCAGGGCGUGUUUUCUGGAAUUGGUAGAAAGGUUUCUUCUCUUCUGGGUAUAUUGUCUCCUGGAAAUGAUACUCUGAUUUCCAGUGUUCUUUGGGAUAGAGAGAGAUCAAGCUUUUAUAUGCUAACAAGUUCAAAUCUAAACAAAUGGGAGAUUGAUGAUUCAUCAGAACGUUAUAUUCUCAGCUGGGAUAUCAGCAGGACCCUGAAAGAACAUAUUACAGAUGCAAUUUGGGGAUCUGAAAGUAACUAUGAAGAUAUCAAAGGAGGAGUAAAUAUACAAUACAUGGAUUUGCAACAGAAUCGUGAUGGGCUGGUCAUACUUGCUGCAGCAUGGCAUCCUGGAGAUCGUCCAUGUCUUGUCUACUACACUCUGAUAACAGUAGAAGAUAAAGGCUACCAGAUGUCUGAUGAUGUCGUCGUGGAGGUCACACAGUAUAAUCCAUCUUUUCAGUCAGAAGAUGAAGUGUUGUGCUGUCUGGUAGUCCCAGAUUACUUCAGCCAUGCUGCUUACCUUUAUAAGGAAGACGAAGUGUUUGCCUGUUCCACUGGAACUGGAAGAAUUUCUUUACCACAGGAGAAAAUCGUAUUUGGCAUACAAGGAGAUAGCAUUUUAGGAGCAGGUUCUUGUAAUAGCCUCCCCAUCUUCUUUGCCAAAAAAAGUGGACUUCUCACUAUCUUAUCUAGAGAAAACAUUUCUGUGCUUCCUGAAGACCUUGAAGAUGCCCUGUCCUCUUCUAUUGCUGGACCGAGAAGUGAGAGUCCUGCAUUUGGCAGUACCAGUAGGCUAGAAGUUAUAGCUCAAGAAGAUAAGACUAAAUUACUGAAAGCUGCUUUUCUACAGUACUGCAGGAAAGAUAUAGUCAAUGCACAAAGCAUGGUAGUUGAGGUCUUUCCAAGUAAUGCAGAUCUGGAAUCUGAUACUGAACUGGACAGGGCAGUGACUCAGAUCAGUGUGGACUUAAUGGAUGACUACCCUGCCUCUGAUCCAAGAUGGGCUGAAUCUGUACCUGAAGAAGCAGCUGGUUUCAGCAACACGUCUCUCAUUCUCCUUCAUCAGCUAGAGGAUAAGACAAAAGCACAUUCCUUUUUCAUUGAGUUUCUUCAUCAGGUUGGUGUAUUUGAACGUCUGGGCAGUUUUCCAGUGCGAGGGAUGCCGAUGGCAACUCGACUUCUGCUCUGUGAGCACGCAGAGAAACUGGCAGCAGCUAUUGUUCUCAAGAAUCACCACUCCAGGCUGCCUGAUCUAGUGAAUGCUGCUAUACUGAUCGCAUUAAACAAAAGGGAGUGUGAUGUUCCACCGAGUCUUACCCCUGCUGAUGUGUUCUUUAGAGAGGUGUCCCAGAUAGAUUCCAUCUUUGAAUGCUUAUUAGAAGAGGAGGAGCAAAUCCUGAAAGACAUGCCUAUGGAAUCAAUUGAGUGGGCUCAGAUAGUUGUAAAUGUGAACAACAUCAUUAAGGACAUGCUACAAGCUGCCUGUCAGUAUCGUCAGUCUAAAGCCUCUUCAUAUAAAACAGGAGAGCUUCCAGAAAGAGAACCUGAAUAUAUUCCAUGGACAGCAUCCAGUGGCGUUCGUGCAGCAGUAACGCGGCAGCACGGGGUCAUCCUGAAGGUGGUGUAUCCCCAGGUGGACAGUAACCUCCGCAGCGUUGUGGCUGAGCAGCUGGUGGCACUACUGGAUUGUUUCCUGGAUGGCUACAUUUCUCAACUCAAGUCUGUGGAUCGCCUGGCUGAUCAGGAGCGAUACAGCAGUCUGGAAAUGGAAUAUGUCCAGAAAAGAUCGGAGCUCUUGUCUCCUCUCCUUUCCCUGGGACAGUACCAGCUGGCAGCUGCUUUAGCAGAGAAGUACUGUGACUUUGAUAUCCUGGUGCAGAUGUGCGAGCAGACAGACAACCAGGCCAGAUUACAACGUUACAUGACUCAGUUUGCAGAUCAGAAUUUUUCAGAUUUCCUGUUUCGCUGGUAUCUAGAAAAAGGAAAACGAGGGAAGCUGUUAUCUCAGCCUAUUGCUCAGCAUGGACAGCUGGCCAGUUUCUUGCAAGCUCAUGAACAUCUGAGCUGGUUACACGAAAUCAAUAGUCAGGAUUUGCAAAAGGCUCACAGAACAUUGCAGACUUUAGCAAAUAUGGAGACAAGAUAUUUUGCAAAGAAGAAAACACUUCUUGGCUUGAGCAAAUUAGCUGCGUUAGCAUCUGACUUUUCGGAAGACAUACUGCAAGAGAAAAUAGAAGAAAUAGCAGAGCAGGAGCGCUUUUUGUUACAUCAGGAGACACUUCCCGAACAAUUACUGGCAGAGAAACAACUGAACCUCAAUGAUAUGCCAGUGUUGUCUGCAUCUCAGCUCAUUGAUAUGUACAUAUGUGAUGAGAACAGAAGAGCCAAUGAAUAUGACUUCAAGAAAGCACUUGAUCUGCUGGAAUAUAUUGAUGAGGAAGAGGAAGUGGAUGUAAAUGAUCUUAAACUUAAAAUUCUCUGUAAGGCUCUCCAAAGAGAUGGGUGGUCUUGUUCAGAUGGUAGAGAUGAUCCAAUUGAAGCAUCUAAAGAUAGUAUAUUUGUGAAAAUACUACAAAAGCUAUUGAAAGAAGGAGUCCAGUUAAGUGAAUAUUUACCAGAGGUGAAGGACUUGCUGCAAGCAAAUGAACUUGGCAACUUGAAAUACAAUGCUUACUUCGAAUUUGUGUUGAAAGCAAACUAUGAACUCUACGUUCAGGGACAAGCAUGAUUCUCACUGGUUUUUUAAAUAUUUUUUCUAAAGAACUCUUGAAUGCUUUUAUACUUUUUUAUGUUUUGUUUGGUUUUUUGCUAACACUGUGCUAAAAUCUAUAUGAGUAGUAAUAUACUUGGUCUUAAACAUAUAGACGUUGAUGCUUUAGUUGGGGGAGCCAGAAUUGUGUUUUCAGGCAAAAUAAAAAUAAAGUUUUCUUUUUCCAUGCCUUUCAUAAACUCUGUUUUGUUCUGUAUCUUCAUUACUAUGAGUUCUGUCUGAGACUCAGAAGAUACACAGACACCCAGCACAGGAGGUGGGUAAACUUCUACUGUCAACACCUGGGGCUGUGAUUUCAGUUCAGAGAAAAUACUGAAAACAUUAAUGCUGGAUGACUGCAUAGCUUAUGUAAGAAACAAUUGGUUAUUCUGUUGGAUAACUCCACUCUGUACAACACUUUUUGCUGUAGAAACUAGAUAAUUGCAAUGUUGCAUUAAAGGUUGCUGGCACAAAAAGGAUAACUGGCUUGUCACUGAUCACUCAGUUUGUCUGUGACAGAAAGGAAUAAAGUACAGUUCUCAUUCAGAGUUCUCUGGUCCAGUAAAUAUACCAUUCUUUCAGUUUAUAUCUGUAAGGUUAAACCUUUUCAAAACUUUUUAAUAUUGUAUCUAUUUAACUUCCAUUUAAGCUAUUUCUAGAAUACAUGUAAAAAUGAGAUUAGCAGCUCACCAUGCAGUCAUUCACAGCAACUGCUCGUGCCUAGGCUCAGAUGAAACCUAGAAAGUAGUUACCAUAGUGUGGGAGUCCAACAGGAUCUUCCUUACUCUGCACCUUGUUCUCUACUGAUAGAUGCUACUAAUUUUCUUUUUUCUUUUCUUUUACCCCACUGCCCCAGUUAGUUAUCUCUGAUAUGGGAAUUAAAAAAAAAAAAAAAUUCCAUUUAACUUCUCUAUUUUAAUUACAGUGAUUGUCAGCAGAUUUUAAUCUUUAAAUAAAAGUUAGUGUGAUCUGAUGUGUUGCACCUUUCUUUUGCAUGUAGCUCAAGAGUCAGUGACUGCAGAGCAACUUGCAUGCCCUUUAUGUUUUACUUGUCUGGCUCCAUGCCUGCUGCAACAACUUGAUCCAACAGCUGAGAAGGUCAGAAGUUAAAUUGGUUGAAGAGAAUCCAGUUUCUAGUUUUAAAAGCACAGCUCCCCUUCCGUGGCUUCCCCUCCUCCCUGUACUAAUACAGUAAGCUGGGCUGAGAGUCUGAACAUGUUUGGAAGAAUAGAUUUAUCUAGAGGUUCUAACUAAUAUGGGAAAGAAAUGCACUAGCAGUCAUCUUCUAAGAUUGUUCUAAGCAGCAAACUUUGCACUUCUGCAGUCUUGCAUGGCUGAGAAGUGUGAGCAUAACUCCCAGCUAUGGCUUCAAAGGAGUGGGUCAUUUAAAGCCUUCCACUUGUUACUUAAAUGUCACUGAGGAUGGUUUCACAUUGAUGAACUUAGCAGGGGUUUGGGAGAAAGAGAAUUAUAAGUGAUUGCCACCCCUUACUGAAAUAUAUUCUACCUGAACUUCUACUAGACUCGUAUAUUUUGCUUGAAGAGGAAUCCUUUUAAUUGACUGUCCACCAUAAAACAUUCUGGGGAUAUAUCAUCCUUUCCCUGACCAUCAGAUAUCUGUGUUCUGUAAGGAGUGGCAGGGCAAGCCCUAGUAAGCUUGCUCCAGAAGCAGGCAUUUCUCUUCAUUCUUGACUAUCUGUCUGUUUCAAAGUCCCUGGCUUCUCUGCUGGGAUGGGUUUAUUGUGGUUGGUGUAGAAGCAUUCUCCAGGUUUUUGGGA